UCCAAUGUGUCUCGCGGUUGCUCGGCGGGCGCGCGAGCACGCGAUUCUCGGGGGCGGUGCGGGGAGGCGCGGGGCGGAGCCUAGUGCGAGUGGGCACUGCUAGUCUCAGCCGAGCGUCGCUGUUAUCGCGGGGCCGAGGUCGUCUCAGCAGCCAUGGCAAAAGGCAGAGUCGCCGAAAAAUCGCAGACGGGGACACUUCAUACGACCGCAGCGGGGGACCGAACUGCGGGGAUGCGGGGUCUCACGGCGCCGGGCAAUGGAAACAACCUAAAGGAAAGAGCCUGUCUAGAAGCUGGGUCAGCAAGAAUGUCACUUCUUAUACUGGUGUCCAUUUUCUUAUCUGCAGCUUUUGUUAUGUUUUUGGUAUAUAAAAAUUUUCCUCAGCUUAGCGAAGAAGAAAGAGUGAUUAUGAAGGUUCCCAGAGAUAUGGAUGAUGCCAAGGCUCUUGGAAAAGUUUUAUCCAAAUAUAAGGACACCUUUUAUGUACAAGUACUUGUAGCUUAUUUUGCUACAUAUAUUUUCUUACAAACAUUUGCUAUUCCAGGCUCUAUAUUUCUCAGUAUACUCUCGGGGUUUCUUUAUCCCUUUCCACUAGCCUUAUUUCUUGUUUGUUUGUGUUCUGGACUCGGUGCCUCAUUCUGUUAUAUGCUGUCCUAUUUAGUUGGGAGGCCAGUUGUAUACAAAUACCUAACAGAGAAAGUGGUAAAAUGGUCACAGCAGGUUGAACGUCAUAGAGAACAUCUCAUUAACUACAUUAUAUUUUUGAGAAUAACACCAUUUCUGCCUAAUUGGUUUAUUAAUAUUACAUCUCCUGUAAUAAAUGUGCCAUUGAAAGUUUUUUUUAUUGGCACUUUCCUGGGUGUGGCACCUCCCUCUUUUGUAGCAAUCAAGGCAGGAACAACACUGUACCAGCUUACAACGGCUGGGGAAGCUGUUUCCUGGAACUCAGUAUUUGUUCUAAUGUUUUUGGCUCUUCUUUCUAUCCUGCCAGCCAUCUUCCAAAAAAAACUAAAGCAGAAAUUCGAGUGAAAAAUCAUCUGACUUUUAGUUUUCCUAUUAUCAUCAUCAUCAUCAUCUCAGGAUUGGCAGGUGUAUAUGUUAAAAUCACCUCUUUAGUAAUUAAAACAAGGAAUUUGUAAAAUAAAAUUUCCUAUGAUACAGUUAAAAUAUUAUGCAUUUAAAUGGCAAGGAAGAGAAGAAAGUAAGAAUGAAAACUGAUAUACUAUGAAAAGUGCUGUCAGUAGUUAUGAUAGCCAUCUUCUAAAUUACUGUUCCACAGGUAGCUAUAAAUAAUUAGUAAUAGCGUGGUAGGAAAUUCUUGACCUAACUGAUUCAUUCAAUUUAAUAUAUUCAUGAACUGGUUAUAGAGACUUACUCAAUAUUUUAAUAUUUUUUUCUUAUCUCUUACUAAUAACUAAAAUAGAUAUACUAAAGCAAAGAUGUUAGAUUUUUAAAAAUAGUAUUGUAGUUCUGGCUAAUCUUAGCCUUCUUUGAGAGUAUAAACUUCAAACUAAAGCUCAAAAGAGAUUUAUAUCUUCCUCUUUUUACCUUUGAGGUAAUAGAUGUGUUUAGAAGUUGCAUUUUAGUGGACUACUGAAUUUGGAAAGGAUAUCAAGUUAUAUCUAUUUAGUGAAUUUCGUUUUUUUCUGUUCUAGAUUAUAUCAUGGAUUAGUCUGAAAUUUAAAAUUCUGACCAGUCUAUUUUCAUCUUUUUUUCCUAGCUUUCAAAAUAUUUCCACUGUGCAUAUACAAAAUGGCAAUUACAUGAUAAUUGUAUUAUAUUGGUGUUGAUAGUUUAUAUUCAGAUAAUAUUUUAUUACACAGUUUCCCUUUACUGUAUCAAAAGGGAUCAGUAAACAUUCAAAGUAUGCAGUUUUUAGAUGUUAAUGAUAUUACUUUAUAUUUUGAAACAAACAGUGACAGUGUAACACUUAAGUAGUUAAAUAUAGUUUAUUUGUUCUAAUGACUGUAAAAUUUACCUCAUUUAUAUAUUAGUCUGGUCAUUAAAGUAUGUAUUAUGUAAUUAUCUUUUGCAUGAUACUCUUAUAAGAAUGCCUUGUUUGGAGCUGCUUUUGAUUAAUGCAGUUUCCCAAUUUAGUGUUUUUACUUUUUAUAACUCAAUGUAUAAUUAACUUCUCACAUGGUAACUACUAUAUUUAAAUAGUCCUGGGAAAAUGAAACAGCUUUUUGCUGCUUGUUUAUUGGUAAUACACUUGAUUCUAGGACAUCAUUGGUCUGAAGUCAAGUACUCUGUCAGUUUUACCUUCACUCAAGACUGUCAUAUUUACGAAAGUACUUUAGUUGUGGGAAAAAUCCGUAUAUGUUUUUAUUGUGAAAGGGACGAUCAUCCUCAAAGCCUGUUUCUGCUACAUAAUAUGGACUGAUUUAUUAUUUUUUCUAUUACAGUAUUAACAAAUGGAUUUACUGUAAAUACAAAGAAAAUAUAUUGAUUAAUAUACUAAGCUUAUGUCACCUGGCCUUUAGUGUGAAAUUAUUUAUUGUUAUUUCUAGCAAGGUUUCCUUCCUUUCUUAUUGACCAGAGACCGAGUAAUAAAGUUUUUUGUUAUUUUUACAAAUAAACUUAAAAUCUUUUUGGACAAAGUUCACUAAAUACUGUUGUAUAAAAUGUAAUUGAAUAAAUUUUUAUCAGAGUUUUCAAAAUAAAAGUAAGAGCUUGAACUCAG